CCCCCGGUGCCCGGUUCGGCCGGAGGAUGGCGGAGCCCGUCGCCUCGCCCGAGGACCCGUGGGUCAAGGUGGAGUCGGCCUACAGCGACAACAGCCUCGACCCGGAAAGCACCCGGAAGGGGAGCGUAGUGUCCAGAGCCAAUAGCAUCGGCUCCACCAGCGCUUCUUCCGUCCCCAACACAGACGACGAGGACAGCGACUACCACCAAGAGGCCCACGAGGAGUCAUACAAAGAUCGGCGCCGCCGGGCCCACACCCAGGCCGAGCAGAAGAGGAGGGACGCCAUCAAGAGAGGCUACGAUGACCUCCAGGCCAUCGUCCCCACGUGCCAGCAACAGGACUUCCCCCUCGGCUCCCAGAAGCUCAGCAAGGCCAUCGUCCUGCAGAAAACCAUCGACUACAUCCAGUUCCUCCACAAGGAGAAGAAGAAGCAGGAGGAGGAAGUGUCCACCCUACGCAAGGAUGUCACGGCCCUGAAGAUCAUGAAGGUCAAUUACGAGCAGAUCGUGAAGGCGCAUCAGGACAGCCCCCAUGAGGGAGAGGGGCAGGUCUCCGACCAGGUCAAGUUCGGCGUGUUCCAGGGGGUCAUGGACUCGCUGUUCCAGUCCUUCAACGCCUCCGUGUCUGUGGCCAACUUCCAGGAGCUGUCCGCCUGUGUCUUCAGCUGGAUCGAGGAGCACUGCAAGCCUCAGACCCUGCGGGAGAUCGUCAUCGGAGUCCUGCACCAGCUGAAGAACCAGCUCUACUGACCACGGGACGGGGAGGGGGAGGACCGGGCCCAGCGCACGGGCCCGUCCGCCCGGAGGCGACGACGGACAGGGAGCCGUCACUACGAGAGCUUCCGGCUAUCCCUUCACCGUCAGCGGGGCCCACCCCUCACGGGGCGGGCCGGCAACCCCGAUGGCCUGGGCCCACCGACCAGACGUUGGCCGGGGCCACCUCCACCAGCGCGGGACUGCGGGGAUUGGGCCCGAAGGGAGCCACAGCCCCGCUCCCUGCAUCGCCUGACUCCACUCUCCAACGCUGAUCGUUCUGUGGGGCAGCUGAGGGCAGAACUGUGUGGGGGGUCUCGGCCCAGCCCACCCCAUUUCAGCUCUGGGGGCCUGGGCCCCCCCUCAACCGCACAGAGUGCCGGGGGUGGGGGGCGCCUCCCUCAUCACUCAACCGGAGAAAUGAAGUAUUUUUCUACCACCCAGAAAUGACAAUAAACUUGGCACAGUGUUGGAGUUUAA